CCCAUUCCUAGAAACAAGAAAAGAAAAAGCCCUAAAGCUACUGAAACUCUCUCAGAGAACCCGAUCAAACACCGUCGUUUUCCCCAGUUGGUCGAUCAACAGAUCAUUCAGUGCUCUCUAGAGAUCGAAGAAGAAAUGAUUGCUGUCAGUUAUCUGCGUUCUCUUCAACCUCCUUUUGCAUAAUUUGUAACCGAAAAGUUGAAACGAGAUGGCGUCUCCGCAAAAUGUAGAAUUGGAGGCAGCAAAGUUUCUGCACAAACUAAUCCAAGAUUCUAAAGAUGAGCCUGCUAAAUUGGCUACAAAGCUUUAUGUGAUACUGCAACACAUGAAGUCCAGUGGCAAGGAACAUUCAAUGCCAUAUCAAGUAAUAUCAAGGGCCAUGGAGACUGUCAUAAAUCAACAUGGUCUAGACAUUGAAGCUUUGAAGUCAUCACGCAUUUCUUCAGCUGGUGGUUCUCAACCAUCUGAUGCCACGUCCGCCCAGUUUGAAGGGUCUUCCCAAACUGUUGGAAUUGCAAAAGAUUCCAAAUUGGGCUUGUCUGAAAAUGACCUGUCGAAAGUAGAUACCUUUGCUUCAAGUAGACCACCUGCUGGUCCAAGUAGUGCAGGUCAUGAAUAUUUUCAAGGACCUGGAAGUCAUCGGAAUAGUCAAUCUUUUGAUCAUGAAAGUCCAUCUAGUAUGGACUCUAGGUCUGCUAAUUCUCAGUCACAAGAAAGGCGUGAUUCGUCAAAUUGGGACAAGCAGGCAAAUCAAAAGGAUGGCAAGAAGACCACCACUAAAAGAAAGAGGGGUGAUACAUCAGUAUCCACAGAACCCCAUAAUGACAAUCCUCAGCAACUUGAUUCUCGUAAUACUGUAGUUAACACAAGGAAGGGGAAAAUGAGCAAGAUGGAGUCUUCUUCUGGUUUUGCUCUCAAAGGUGGUGAACAUGCUAAUUUUAAUAUUCUCCAAAGUAGCAGUCAAAUGGAACAAUUUGCUGCAUUGUCUGGUAGCAUGAGACCAUUGAUCAGGCCCAAGCAAGAGAGUCAACAUUUAAUGGAAAAGCAGUUGGAUCCGGCAAACACGAACAAUUCAAUGUCUCGUGCUCCCAAUUUGAAAUACCCUGAUGAAACAGAAGUCUCCUCUACUCAUAAUCCCUUGUCACAACAGCAAGUACCUUCUGUUGCACAUGAUAUUAUGGGUGCAUGGAAUCAAAACAAAACUGGGUUGCAGCUGGACAAAUCUCAGAUUCCUCGGUUUCCAUCUAAUGUUCCUGGCAAUGCAGACAUUCCAUUGCAGUCAGCUGCUUCAUCUGUUGGGACAGGUUCUUUUGGAAAGGUUCAUGGAGGGCCACCUGUAGGUUCUGGUUCAUUUCCAACUGCAGAACCUGGGUUCACUGCUCCACUGCAAUUUGGUGGCUCAGUUCUUGCCACUGGAAAGGUUUUUGAGCAUGAUGGAGGAUGUUCAAAUAAGUUAGCCGAUGCAGGGAAACUUGCUCAGGCUGGUAGGCAGAAUAGUGUAUCAGAAACGAGUGUGCUUAGAAGCACAGGACCUAGAGAUGCAGGAAAGUCUCCUGUUCCCCAGUCCCCUGUCAGUUCUGGGAUGCCUUUUAAGGAACAACAAUUGAAACAGCUGAGAGCCCAGUGCCUUGUCUUUUUAGCUUUCAGAAAUGGUUUAAAGCCCAAGAAGCUGCAUCUUGAUAUUGCAUUAGGAAAUAUUUUUCCUAAAGAAGGUGGUAGUGCUGAUGGACCUCGUAAGGAAUUAAUGGAUCAUAAAGGAAAAGUGCCAUCUUCUAGUGAGCCAAAUAAUGUGCCUGAUAUGAUGCCAUUUGGAAGAAUGAACAAUGCAAGGGAAACAGAUAAAAUCCCUUCAGCCACCUUGUCUACUGGAAGAUUCCAAGACAUUGAUUCUUCGUCUAAAGAAGCUGGGAACAUGAAAUUUGAGGACAAAAGUGGCCCAGUUUUUGACCAGGUUUUGCCAGAAGAAAGAAAAUAUCUUCAAACUUCAAGAAAACCAGAUGUUGAAAUGCAGACUUCGGAAAUUACAGCUUCACAGGCUUGUCUAACAAUGGCAUCACAACAUGAGUCUUCUGGUACAAGGAGUGCUUUAGCUUUUAAUGCUCCUGGGGACAAAGUGGAAAAUGGCCAUCAGCUAGCUGGAAGGGCUAACCAAGCUGUUUCCUUGAUGGCUGCGAAUAAGCAGAUUAGCCCGGAGAUUGUUAACUGGACUACUGUUGGUAAUCAUGAUGAAGUUUCAAGAGGAGUUCUGCCAGCAUCUGCUGUUCAGCAUGAGUUAGUGCCUGAAAGAAAAGAUAAUGCACCAAGUCAGAGUCACAAUCCUAGCAAUAUUGGUGGUUCAGGGAAUCAUCACCCUGAUAAUAAUUUAUCUCCUUUCUCCUUAAGAGAUCAUUGGAAACCAGUUUCUGGAAUUGACAAUUAUCAUCAUACAGUACUACCAUUCAAGGAUGCUAAUAUGAUGCCAAAACAAUUAUCACAAGAACAAUUAGAGGAAGAUAACUUGGUACCUACUGAUGUACCACCUUCUCCAAAGUACACAAUGUCUGAAAAAUGGAUAAUGGAUCAUCAGAAAAAGAAAUUCCUGGAUGAGCAAAAAUGGGUUCUAAAACAACAGAAAACAAAGCAAAGGAUUGCCACAUGUUUUUACAAGUUAAAGGAAAAUGUGAGCUCCUCUGAAGAUAUAUCUGCGAAAACAAAAAGUGUAAUAGAACUCAAAAAGCUGCAACUCUUGGAGCUUCAGCGUCGUCUUCGGAGUGAUUUUCUGAAUGAUUUUUUUAAGCCAAUCAAUACUGAGAUGGAUCGCUUGAAAUCAUUCAAGAAGCAUAAACAUGGUCGGAGAGUGAAACAACUGGAAAAGUUUGAGCAGAAAAUGAAGGAAGAGCGACAAAAGAGAAUACGAGAGAGGCAGAAGGAGUUCUUUGGAGAGAUAGAAGUUCACAAGGAAAGACUGGAUGACGUAUUUAAGUUCAAAAGAGAACGGUGGAAAGUUUUCAAUAAAUAUGCAAAGGAGUUUCACAAAAGGAAGGAACGUAUUCAUCGCGAGAAGAUUGAUCGUAUCCAGCGUGAGAAGAUUAAUUUAUUGAAGAUCAAUGAUGUGGAGGGGUAUUUACGAAUGGUGCAGGAUGCCAAAUCUGAUCGUGUUAAGCAACUUCUCAAAGAGACGGAGAAAUAUCUCCAGAAGCUAGGAUCCAAGCUGCAAGAAGCAAAGUCUAUGACAUCUCGGUUUGAACAAGAGAUGGAUGAGACAGGAACCGCAGGCAUCGUCGAUAAGGGUGAAAGUGCUAUUGAAAAUGAAGAUGAAAGUGAUCAAGCAAAACAUUAUCUGGAAAGCAAUGAAAAGUACUACAUGAUGGCUCACAGUAUAAAAGAGAGCAUUGCAGAGCAACCAUCUAUUCUUCAGGGUGGAAAAUUAAGGGAGUAUCAAAUGAAUGGCCUAAGGUGGUUGGUUUCACUAUAUAAUAAUCAUUUAAAUGGUAUUCUAGCUGAUGAAAUGGGCCUGGGCAAAACUGUUCAGGUUAUUUCUUUAAUUUGUUACCUGAUGGAAACCAAGAAUGAUAGAGGACCUUUUCUAGUGGUUGUGCCUUCUUCAGUUUUACCUGGAUGGGAGACAGAAAUAAACUUCUGGGCACCCAGUGUGAAUAGGAUUGUCUACUCUGGGCCUCCAGAGGAGAGACGUAAAUUAUUUAAGGAAAGAAUUGUGCAUCGGAAAUUCAAUGUCCUUCUGACAACAUAUGAGUAUCUGAUGAACAAGCAUGAUAGACCAAAAUUAAGUAAGAUUGAUUGGCAUUACAUAAUAAUUGAUGAGGGGCAUCGUAUCAAGAAUGCUUCUUGCAAGUUAAAUUCUGACUUGAAGCAUUAUCAGAGCUCUCAUAGAUUGUUGUUAACUGGAACUCCACUACAGAACAAUCUUGAUGAGUUAUGGGCACUAUUAAACUUCUUGUUGCCUAACAUUUUUAAUUCAUCAGAGGAUUUCUCUCAGUGGUUCAAUAAACCAUUUCAAAGUAAUGGUGAUAAUUCAGCAGAUGAAGCCUUGCUCUCUGAAGAAGAAAAUCUUUUGAUCAUAAACCGUCUUCAUCAAGUGCUUAGACCGUUUGUACUUCGAAGGCUGAAGCACAAGGUUGAAAAUGAGUUGCCUGAGAAGAUUGAGAGACUUAUAAGAUGUGAGGCUUCUGCUUAUCAGAAACUUUUGAUGAAGAGGGUGGAAGAAAAUCUGGGAUCUAUUGGAAGUACAAAGGCUCGCUCAGUGCACAACUCUGUUAUGGAACUUCGUAAUAUAUGCAAUCAUCCUUAUCUUAGCCAGCUUCAUGCGGACGAGGUUGAUAAUUAUAUACCAAAGCAUUAUCUGCCACCUGUUAUUAGGCUUUGUGGGAAGCUUGAGAUGUUAGAUCGACUAUUACCGAAGCUCAAAGCAACAGAUCAUAGAGUUCUUUUCUUUUCCACCAUGACCCGGCUACUUGAUGUUAUGGAGGAAUAUCUUCACUGGAAACAGUAUCUGUACCUUCGAUUGGAUGGGCAUACAUCUGGUAGUGAUCGUGGUGCCCUCAUUGACAAGUUUAACAAACCGAAUUCACCAUUUUUCAUAUUUCUUUUAAGUAUACGAGCUGGUGGUGUUGGAGUAAAUCUUCAAGCUGCUGAUACAGUGAUUAUAUUUGACACUGACUGGAAUCCACAGGUAGAUUUGCAGGCGCAGGCAAGGGCUCAUAGAAUUGGCCAGAAGAGAGAUGUCCUUGUUCUUCGUUUUGAAACAGUCCAAACUGUUGAAGAACAAGUGAGAGCUUCGGCUGAGCAUAAACUUGGUGUUGCCAAUCAGAGUAUCACUGCUGGUUUUUUUGAUAAUAAUACGAGUGCUGAGGAUCGAAGGGAAUAUCUGGAGUCCCUUUUACGAGAGUGUAAGAAAGAGGAAGCUGCACCUGUGUUAGAUGAUGAUGCAUUAAAUGACAUUUUAGCUCGCAGUGAAUCGGAGAUUGAUGUAUUUGAAUCCGUGGACAAGCAAAGGCGGGACUCAGAAAUGGCAACAUGGAGAAAGUUGAUGAAUCAACAGGGGACAGACAAUUCUGAAACUUUAGCCCCCCUUCCUUCUCGUCUUGUUACAGAGGAUGACCUGAAGGAAUUCUAUGAAGCCAUGAAGAUAUAUGAAGUACCAAAAGCUGAUGUAGGGUCAAAUGUUGGUGGAGUCAAGCGGAAGAGUGAGUAUCAUCUUGAUACUCAACAUUAUGGAAGGGGCAAGAGGACAAGAGAGGUUCGUUCCUAUGAGGAGCAGUGGACAGAAGAAGAGUUUGAGAAGAUGUGUCAAGUUGAGUCUCCAGGAUCUCCUUCCAAGCCAAAGGAGGAAGUUAAAGAAACAAAUUCACCAACAGAUGCAAAUCAAACUGUUAUGGCUGUUAAGACAGAAGUUCCAGUUUCACCUGUAGCUCCUCCACCAGCCAUUGGGCAGCCACCACCAGCCAUUGCGCAGCCACCACCAGCCAUUGGGCAGCCACCACCAGCCAUUGCGCAGCCACCACCAGCCUGUGCACAGCCACCGCCAGCCUGUGCACAGCCACCGCCAGCCUGUGCACAGCCACCGCCAGUCAGUGUGCAACCACCAGCAGCCAGUGUGCAACCACCGCCAGCCAGUGUGCCAACACAAGCAGCCAGUGCGCCAACACAAGCAGCCAGUGUGCAGCCACUGCCAGCCACUGUGCAUCCACUGCCAGCCACUGUGCAACCACCGCCAGCCAGUGUGCAGUCAGCAGCAGCUGCCAUAUUGCACCCGCCAUACUUGCAGCAAAGCAAAGAGGUAACUCCACCAGUCAAGCGAGGCCGUGGCAGGCCAAAAAGAGCCACAACAGAUCAAUCCCCUGGUGCAGUGGCUCAAAAUCUUUCUGGAACUACAAAGGUAGAUGCAGGGUUAACAAGAGGAGCAACUUCCACCUCCGAAACAAUCUUAUGUUCCAGUUCCUUACAGGCAGGUAUUGGUGGAAAAGUGCAAUAUGCCAAUGUUGCCAAUGUUGGGGUUGCAAGCUCUCAACCAGUCAUUGCUCCCUCUAAUACUCCGGGUUCUCAAUCUAGCACUGUUGGUUCUUCCAUCCCUGCACAAGUAAGAGGGCAAGGUCGUAGAUCUCAAAGCGGAACUGAAGCACCCCGUCGUCGGGGUAAAAAACAGGUGGUCGUGGCACCUGCUGUUGCUGGUAAUUUGAUUGGUCCAGAUCCAAAACCAAAUGAGCUUACACAGAAUAAACCUGUGCAACUGUUAGUAAAUCAAGCCACCAUCACUAGUGGAACCACCUCUAGCUUUCCUGCAACCCAAUGCCCUGAUUCUAUGUCGGGUUCUACUGCCUUACAGAAAACUGGUGGAACUGACCAUCAUGCCAUUGUAGAUGUUGCCUUAAAUUCUCCACAGGCCACUCUCCAGCUUGAUGUGCCUGUCUCUCUCUCUCCUAUUCCCUCUAUGCCUGUGCAAAUGAAAGGACAAGGUCGGAAGGCUCAAAGUGGUGGCUCUGGAACUCGGCGGAGGGGAAAGAAAGCGGUGGCUACCCCUGUUUCUGGUGCUUCAGCUGGCGAGGAAUUAAAACCAACUCUGAAUUCAGAUGUGAAGUCUGAUGAUAUGUCAAAGGGUGACACCAUGAGAAGUAAACAAGAGAAUAUUGCAGAAUUGACAAAUGUCACCCAGGAGCAAGUAUUUCUUUCGCCUGAUGGUGUGGCAGCACAAGCUAUAACUGAAAAGUCAGUUGACCUUGCUCAAGGUAAACAGACAGAUGGCUCUUCAAACAUGCAUGGCAGUGCUGGUGGGUCCCAAGGCAAUGCCUUGGCAGAUAGUCAAAGUGCGGGUGUGUGCAAAGCUGCUUCUGUGGUGAAGGAAACUUUGCCUGAAUUUUGCUCAACUAAAACUGAAAGUAGCGAGCCUUCAAGAAAGGAAGGUGCGGUUUCCCCAACCGCAACUGUAUUUGAUAAAACCCUUCCUGAAGUCAUUAAGAACCAAACUUUAGUGGAUAAAACUCUCCCAGCUGUGUCUUCUUUUACUACUGCAGCAUCUGGUGGUGUUCCUUCGUCUGCUUCUUUCUCUGGUUCUGUCACAGAAGGCAUUCAAUCUACUCCGCCUUGUCCUGCUGAACACAUGCCAGUGAAAAGGUCAGGUCGAAAGACUCCAAACCGAACUGAAGCACCACGUCGCAGAGGAAGGAAACAAACUGCAAUACUAUCUCCUUUACCUGAUGUUCUGGCUGGUCAGGAUCCAAAAUUAAGCUUUCAUUCACAGAAUAAGUCUGCUGCCUCGAGAGGUAAGCUAGGAAGUGAUACACAGGAAGUUUCUCAGUCUCAAACAGGUGAUGUUCAUAUGACUGCUGGUGUAUCUGGCCAUGAUCCCAAAAAAAAAGACCAAUCAAGCUUUACCCCACAGAUGAAGCAGCCAACAAACCCUCAAGCAGCAAUUGACAAUGCUCCUGGAUUUAGUGAUAAAACCUCAGUUUUGGGGCGAAUUCAAACUGCUGAUGUAAAUGAUGUUGCACGUGUGAUGAAGGAGGUAUUUUCUGGAACUUGCUUGAAGACUAAAGUUUUGGAGUCUCAUGGGAAAGAGGGCAAGUUUGCUCCUAAUGUACCAGUAACAAGAAAGACUGUUUCAGAAGUGGCCAAAAGUCAAACUUUGGUGGAUAAAGUGCAGUUCAGUGCGACAGCAUCAGAAAGAUCAGCUGCAUUGUCUGACUUUCCAGUGAAGUCUGACAAACAAACUGGGACUGGAGGUGAUACAAAAGCAGAGGGGGAAAAGGAUUCUGCCCCAAAUGAGACCCCUGUUUGCACGAUUGUUGUGAAAAAAUCUGAAAUCAAGGCCACUGCAGGCCAUUUUGAAAAAACAGCAGAUCCUGGUCAACAUUCCCAAGAAGAUGCAAUUAUGGCAGAUAGUAAGGAAGUCAUUUGUCCUCUUGGUGUUGGAGAUGAAAAUGAAAAUGUCAUGAUUGGUGAUAAUUCUGAAACAACUUCUAUUGCCAUGGGCACUGAAAAUCUGGGUGCUCUUGUCCCUUCUUGUAUGACUGAAGAUGGCUCAGGGUACACACUAAAGCCUUCUGCUAAUGAGCUUCAAGUAGUUUCCCAGCAUGAUUUGAGCAACCACGGAAGUCCCCCAAUUCUAGAAAAACCUGAAAAUGCUGGUGAUUAUACUAUUGUCACUGCUUCUAUUUCUCGAAGUUCAGACGAUUCUAGUGUGAUGAAGCCUCAUUGUUCUACCGAAAUUCACUCUAAAGUAAAGCCUGCAUCAGAAGAGUCUCCUGAACCUUGUACUGACAAUAGAAAGCUUGAGAAUCCUUCAAUUACCAUUGCACCGGUUCAUUCUAGUUCUGGUAAGUUUGGGGAGGGUGACUUUGACAAUUCUACUUUGUCAUCCAUGGAAAUCGAAUCAGCUAAUUGCAGUGAUGAAGCCAUUGUUGUAGGUCCAGAAUCAUCAUCAAAAGCUGAUGCUUUUGGAGUUCUGGAAUGUUCUGAUACCUCCAUUCAUAGAGAUUUCAAUUUGCAUGAUGCUUCUUCUACAGAAAGGAAAAUUGAGGCUUCUCAUGUUGAUGUUGGAGACAAAGCAGAAACCACCUUAGAACCUGUAAACUCAACUACGACUCAGUCUGGUACCAUUGAGCUCAUUUUGAAAGAUCAUGCAGGAGUUCCACUUUCACAGGAAGUUAAAAGUAUUGGUGGUGAUAAUGCUGAAGUUUUCAGCAUGCAAGUUGACCUGCCUGAGGCUGACAAUACAAAUGUUAUUACUGAUGUUGGCUGUACAGUAUCUGAAAAAAUUGAAGAAGAUGCAUCUGAUGCAGGUUCUGGAGAAGUAUUUGAGGAGAUAAUUUUGCCUUUGCCUUUGUUGAUUACAGAAGAAAAGGCUGAUCACUCUGGGAAAAGUUCAGCUAGCAGCUCUGUAGAACUUAAGGAAGCAAAAAAAUCUCAUGCUGAAUCUAGUGAUCAAUUGGGUGUUUCUACUGGUGGUGAUUUUGUGUCAGCAAGUACAUCAGAAGUGUUUCCUGCAUCCUCAAGAGACAGGGAACAAAAGGCUGAGGGUUUGUAUGAGACAGGCCUAGAUCACGGCUUAGCACCUCCAGAUGCACCAAAAGAUUCUGAAGCUAAGAUUGAUUUAACUAUGGCUGGAGAAGUUAUGCCAGAAAAAAUCCUAGAGCCUUCUGAGAAAGGUCAGGUUUGCAGCUUGGGGCCUGCAGAGGAACUAAAAGAUUCUCAAGCAGAGAUGGAUGUUGAGUUUGGGCAGCCUAUGGCUGAGGAGAUUUUGCCAGAAAAAGCUGUGGAGUCCUUGUCUUCUUUGGAAACAGGAAUAGAAAAAAUUGAAUGUUCAUCUGCCAAGGGUAUAGUUUGCAGCGCACCUGCUGCAGAAGAACCAAAAGAUUUAGGGGCUGAAAUAGCUGUCCAAUUGAACUCAAAUAACACUAGUGGGGAUUUGUUGGAAAAUAUUCCAGAGCCUUCAUCUUCUUUCGAGAAAGGAGUUGAUUUGGAUGUUCAAUUAAAUUCACGCGAUGGUGGUGGGCUUCUGCCUGAAAAUACAUUGGGUGUUCAAACUUAUUCAUGCCAUGUCAGCAGGAUACUGGUAGAAAAUGUUGUAGACAACACAAAUCCACCACCCUCUUCUUCAGUGACAGAGGUAGAAAAGAUUGAGGCCUCAUCUGUGAGGAGUCCAGAAGAAAUGGAGGAAAAAAUUGAGGGCUCAUCUGAGAAGGGUCCAGCAAACCUCUCUGUACAACUUGAGGGGUCUAAAGAUCUUGAGUCUAAUAUGGAAAGCACAAUGGAAGCAUGUCAGGUUGUUGGGGACAUCUCAGAUAAUUUGGGUUCAGAUACUCUGGAUCUACCUUCAUCUUCUUUGGUGUCAGAGGAAGAACAAAUUGAUGGUUCCAAUGAUAAAUGUCUAGUUAACAGUUCAGGAACCCUGCCAUCCCUUGCUGGCGGGAUUCUUCCUGAAAAUUGUUCACAACUUAUGAAUAGACCUCCAUCUUCCAUGGAAGUGGACGAGGGAAAUAUCGGCAUUGACAGCUCUGUUGGGCUAGCAGAAUUAGAAGGUUCUAAAGAUGAAGUUAUUGAUCAGAUGGCUGUGUCUCAUGGCGAUCAAGUUAUACCUCAAAAUGUUGCAGAUACUGUGGAUCAAUGCUCAUCUCCCUCUACAGAAGUGAGGGUUGAGGACUCAUUUGAGAAAUGUCAAGUUGAUUGUUCAGUGGCACAAGGGGAAACUAAAAUGUCUGAAGCUCAAAUCAGUGAUCAAAUUGAUGCUACUGUGGUUAGUUUUGACAGAGAAAAUAUGUCAGAAGCUGUGGUACCUGCAUCUACCUUGAAUGAAGUUGAAGAAGAGAUUAAAGGCUUGUCAGAGGAGGGCCCAGGCAGCAGCUCAGUACCAGAGGAUAAAUUAAAUGGUAAUGAUGCUGAAAUGGGUCAUGAUAAGCCGGAGCUUGGUGGUUCAUUGUCGGAAGAUCUGGCUUCUAUCCAUGAAGAGAUUGAGCGCUCAUCUGAGAAGAAUCAAGCAAGCAACAGUGGAGCAGUGGUGGAAUUGGAGGGUUCUGAUGCUGUUACCAAUGAUCAAGUUAAUUCAUCCCAGGCUACCGUGAUGUUACUGGAAAAUGAUAAUCAGACUAGUAUUGACCUUCCUGCGUCUUCCAUAGUGAUGGAGGGCAAGAAGGUUAAGGGAAAGGAGGAUUUACUUAGUUGCUCGGUAGCAUUGGAGGCAUCUCAAGGAAUGUCGACUGGACCAGUGAAUUCAGGUAACGAGUCUCAGCGUUGCGGGGUGGUAUCAGAUACUGUAUCUGAAAAUAUAGAUCAUCAGCCUCAACAGUCCUCAGAACCUGAAGCCAAUAAUGAUACCAGAAGGGAACUGGAUGGCAGUAUUGUAGCACCUGAGAACUCAGAUUCUGAUGUUAAAGAUAAAAGUUGCUUCUCCAGUUUGUGAUACAGUACCCGAAUGUGAAAACAUUGAUCAGCUUCAACAAUCAUCAAUGGCCGUCAAUGAUCUGACGUAGCCAACCAGCAGUAUUAUAGCAUCUGAGAAAUCAGAGUCCGAAGCUAAAGUUGGAGUCGCAUGUCCAGUUUGUGAGACAGCCUCAGAAUGUGGAAACAAGGAUUUGCCUCCAUCUUUCUCAGCAGCAGAAGAGGGUCCUCAUGGCAACUCAGUAGAACCUGAAGAAGAGAUCAAAGAGUCAGAAUGAUUAGUUGAACGUGUACAGCUAGCUAGCUAACCUUUUGAAUAUUUUUUCUUUUCAUUUUAAGAAAUGCUUUGGCCUGUAUAGAAGUUAUAUUCAUAUUAUGUUAUGCAGUUUAUAUGAAAGAGAUCAUUUAUAACUUAAAA